GCUAGGAAUUUAGGGCGAGGGAAAAGAGAACUUUUAUUGCAACUAAAAUCACCCUCACACUCCAGCCUGCAGAGCUGGGAAAUGAAAGGAGCAACUCCAGGAUUUUACAACAAUCAGCAUCCACAGGAUCACCAGCAAGGAGAUAGAAAAGAAAAGAACUAGUGAGAGGCUUUAGCAUAGGCGAGAGAAACAAACCCGAGAUCCCACCCCUCAAAGAGUGUGGCUAAAGAGUUUGUGGAGAAAUGUGCUGGAGUUGGAAGGACUGAGCACCCUCGGAUCUGGUGACAGGAGUGCGGGCUUGUGCUGAGUGAUCUGAUGGAUGUUUAGACCAUCACGAGAGGCUACUCUGCUUUUGCCCGAAGUUUGUGGUCAUAUUUCUCGUCUUCCAAUCAAGACUUUUUUUUUUCUCCUCCAAAAAGGCUGGGGCGAGAGUUCAGGAAUACAGUUCAGUGAGAAGCCUGUCCGCUGGGAUUGCGUCGCCCUGCUUUUGUGAGGAAUCUCCAAACUCGCACGCUGUUUCCGAGCCUACUCUUUCUGCCCGUCAGGAGUUUUAAAGUGAAAGAAAAGUUGGUUGUGUGGGGGUGGGUGGGGGAAGUUGAAGGAAUCUGGGCUGGUAUUUGUUGUGACAAUAGUUUGUGGGAUUACUUUGAGUUGCAGAAUAUAGGCAAGAGGGAGACCGGUAACUCCUCUGUGUAAUGGUCUCCUGAAGAUUGAGAUCAGUCUCACCGGGAGUCACCAGAAUUGAAGGCUGAACCGACUGCCUGGGUCGCUGGAAAACUUUAAACUGAUUAGAGGAAAAGAAAGCUGAACUCCGUUUCAUUGCUCGGUCUUUGAGCUCCCGUGCUCUUUCUUUCCCUCCCCUCUCUCUCUCUCUCCCCCCUACUCUUCUAUACUUCAUCCUCUGUAAUGGCCAGAUUAAGGAGCAUUUUGCCAGGGUUCGCCCUGUUGACUCUGGUAGUUGGUAGCCUUUGCAUCCACGCGUGUCCCAGCCGCUGUAUCUGCUCUGGAUCCAACGUGGAUUGUCAUCAUUUGGGAUUAAAGGCUGUUCCGAGAGGAAUACCCAAGAACACGGAGAGACUUGACCUGGACAAGAACAACAUCACACGUGUAUCCAAGACUGAUUUUGUUGGGCUGAAGAAUCUCAGAGUUUUGCAUCUUGAAGAGAACCAGAUCAGCAUAAUUGAAAGAGGAUCCUUUCAGGAUCUGAAGCAGUUGGAAAGACUGCGACUCAACAAGAAUAAACUUCAGGUCCUUCCUGAACUGCUCUUCCAAGGCACCCCAAAGCUCUCCCGACUUGACUUGAGUGAGAAUCGGAUUCCAGCUCUUCCCAGGAAAGCUUUCCGUGGAAUCGUUGACAUCAAAAAUUUGCAGCUGGACAACAACCACAUAAGUUGUAUCGAGGAUGGAACCUUCAGAGCCUUGCGUGACUUGGAGAUCCUCACCCUCAACAAUAACAACAUCAGUCUCAUCCCCUUGACCAGUUUCAACCAUAUGCCAAAGUUGAGGACUUUGCGGCUUCACUCCAACAGUCUGAUUUGCAACUGCCCCUUGGCCUGGCUCUCUGACUGGUUACGCCAACGACGUCCCAUCGGCCAGUACGCCCAGUGCACAGGUCCCGUACACUUGAGGGGGCUCUACAUCGCCGAUGUUCCAAAGAAGGAAUUUGUUUGCAGCGGUACUCAGACCACAGAACCUCAGACAUGCAGUGCCCAUGCCACAUCAUGUCCACCGGCAUGUGUAUGCAGCAACAACAUCGUGGACUGUCGGGGAAAAGGGCUGACCGAAAUCCCAGUCAACCUUCCAGAAAACAUAGUGGAAAUACGACUGGAACAAAAUUUGAUCAAGACUGUGGGAGCCGGAGCAUUCACUCAAUAUAAAAAGCUCAAGCGGAUAGACCUGAGUAAGAACCAGAUCUCAGAAAUUGCAGCUGAUGCAUUUCAAGGCCUGCGAUCUCUGACCUCACUCGUCCUCUACGGAAACAAGAUUACUGAGCUCCCCAAGGGCCUCUUCGAUGGACUGAUAUCGAUCCAGUUGCUUCUUCUAAAUGCCAACAAGAUUAACUGUUUGAGAGUGAAUACCUUCCAGGACUUGCAGAACCUCAAUCUCCUUUCACUAUAUGACAACAAGCUGCAGACGAUUGCCAAAGGACUAUUUACACCUCUCCGAUCCAUUCAGACACUCCAUUUGGCUCAGAACCCAUUUGUCUGUGACUGCCAUCUGAGGUGGCUGAGUGACUAUCUCCACAACAACCCGAUCGAAACCAGCGGUGCCCGCUGUAGCAACCCUCGGCGCCUGGCCAACAAGCGCAUCAACCAGAUCAAGGGGAAGAAGUUCCGCUGCUCAGGUAAACCCCAAUUCAGGAAGCUAACUAUGCGUCCAAAUCAGAUCCAUUUAUGAAGCCUUGUAAAGCACAAUUCAAUUAGCAUCAAGGGUUCAAUGCAGGUGCAUCCGCUACUCUAGCCAGCCACAGUCAUAAACAGGGCCAAAUGGAAGUCACAGCAAGGUAAGUACCAUCCAUCUUUCUCAGAGUACUUUUUGCUUUCACUGAGAUUUGUUAUUGUUGAAUUGAAAUACAUAUUUAUAUUAAAAAAAUAAAAUUACCUAUAAUGCCAAAUUAAAUUUGUCUGGGACAAGAGUAGUUAGGAAGCAGGAUAAUCUUCACAAAUUAAAUUCAAGAAGCAUUAUUAAGUUAAAGGAAGAAUAAUGGAAAGGACAGAGGGUAAUAAUUAAGGUUAAUGGCUUUAUUCUAUCAGAUAGAAUUUGAAGCGGCAUUUCUUCUUUCUCUUUUACGAUCAGAUCCUUUUGGUACAGAAAACCUUUCAGAGAUUGACACUAGAAGUAAAAUAUUUCAUAAUUCAUUUAAAUGUUUUAACUAUUUUACUGAUUGACAAAGAGUGAUGGUAUCGACUUGGGGAGUACAUGGCAGAGGGAAAUGUUAUACUGAGAAAUAAAAAGAAUCACAUUGGUCAAGACAUUGGCUGGGAUUUGGAAUCCAGCAGUGGCUUUCACUUAGAAAAACAAAUGGUGGACCAAGCUCAUGAUUUAGCAAUGAGUGAAA